CUGGCACCAAGCGCUCACGGCAACUUGUAGUCAGGUCUUCCUUCUACUAUGAUUGCACCAAAGCUCGAUGCAAAGCAGACCACAGAGGUGGUCAGCCUGCCCAUCAUCAAAGCAGAUGUGAAGGAACCACCUACUUUCAUCCUCCUGCCCUCUGAAUUACUAGUAGAAAUCUUUCGUCAUCUACUAGAUUGUCGCUCUAUCUUGCGUUGUUCUGCGGUCUGCCACGAAUUGAACAAGGUGAUCGAGUCCUCUGUAGAACUCCAGUAUCGUAUCGAGCUUGCCCUCGAUCGCAUGGUUGAUGGCCCUCAUAGCACCGUCACUGUUGCAGAGCGUCUUGAACAGUUGCGAAAUCUCCGUCGUGCGUGGACUUUGUUUGAGUGGAAAAAGGAGGUUCGGGUGCCCAUGCCUGGUUUCUGCCAGGCAUACGAGCUCGUAGGAGGCGUAUUUGCAAAGACGUCGUCUUCUGGAGGCAUUUACAAUCAUUCCGGUUCACGAAACUUCAUAUCCUCCUGGCUACCAUCCUCAUCGGAUCCUGGACACACGUUGGUUCGGAGCGAUAUAGGGAUCUCAACGAGAGAUUUUGCCAUCGAUCCAUCGCAAGAUCUCAUCGCUCUCGUCAAAUCUGAUGACGACUUCAUAGGUGAUUCUGGCUACAUAGAGGUGUACAUUCGCACAAUCUCCUCCAACAUCAAGCACCCCGAAGCGGCAUCUCCUGUUUUGCGCACCCUCACCCCGUUCACGAUGACCAGUGCAUUCAUACAGAUCGUAGAUGAUGUGAUUGGGAUGAUGUUUUGGAUGGAGAUUGAAAGCCCUCGCAUCACGAUCUGGAAUUGGAAGACGGCGCAAAUGCUUGUGGAUCGCGACGGUGACGACUUGCCCAGCCAUAUCAGCGACUUUUCAUUCAUUUCGAGCCGUGCGUACAUGAUCACGCGCGGGGUCGAUGGGGGCUCGAUCCAAGUGUUUACAUUUGGAGAAGAUCAACACGAAAUCACCCAUGUCGCGAGCCUAUCACUGCCUCCCCUAAAGUCUCGCACCCAUCUGGUGCACUGCGCAAUUCAUACCGGUCCCUUUGUGGCAAAGUGUUCUCCGGACACGCCUUUCUGGACCGAUCAGGAGGAGCGGAUAUAUGUUCUAUCCGUGCAAUAUAUCCAGGUGGACCCCGACGUCCCUAGCGCCAGGCCGAGAUUUUUUCUCUUCUUUGAGAAUCGCACUCCUCUCGGAUACAUACAGAAAUACCGCGAACAAAGAGAAACAAGCCCCUUCGAGGUGUCUUGGGAGGAGUGGGGCCCGCAUAAGAGUCGCAUGCUCCAUCAUCAAGUCCCAUAUCAGUGGCUCAGAUAUGUUCAUGGCCAUCGGGUGGUCUUUCCGUUACUAUCAGGCAGCAUGGAAGUGUUAGACUUCAAUGUACGCAAAACUAAGCGGAACGUCUUCCCACCGCAGCCUGACUCCAAAGCGAGUAUUGAGGUGGUUGAUUACCCCUCGACCAUCUGGUCGGACAUGAUCUUCCCGAAGCCCAUCGAAACGAACUUGCCCUAUCGCAUUUGUCGAAGGGACGAGCUUAAAGGGUUUUCGGGCGUGAUGAUCGAUGAGCAGAGAUUGGUUGGUUUGAAGACCCCCUCAUUUGCUGAUGGUGAUAUGAAGGAUUUAUAUGUUUUUGCAUUUUGACCACUGUUGUACGCUAUGCUUGACAAGAUAAGUGUUAUUCAUAAAUAUCGACUUAUGACGACAUGUAAAUUACCAGAAAAGAUUGUACAGUCUGUCAUGACUGCUCAAUAAAUGUAAGUUGUAAAUUU